CCAGCUUGACGUAAUGGUCAGCUGUUCAAUGCGGAAGAAAACAUCAUUCAGCUGAACGGACAACACGGAGGGAGCUUCACGGCUGCAGGACCGGCUUUCCAAAUGACGUCGCUGAUUUGCACUUUACAAGACCACCGAGACGAUGUCAACUGGUGUGCCUUCUCUGGGAAACUGUUCGCCACGUGUUCUGGGGACAAAACUCUCCGGAUAUACAACACGCACGACUUCUCCGAGCUUCCCUUCUCCCCGCUGACGGGACAUGGGUACACCGUGCACUGCUGCUGCUUCACUAGCUGCGGACAGUUCCUCGCCUCAUGUUCCACUGAUGCCACCACAUUGGUCUGGUCCAUGAGCACGGGAGAGAUCGAGGCCGUGCUGGAGCAUCCCGGCCGUAGUCCUGUGAGGAUCUGCGCUCUCUCUCCUGACUCUGCUCACCUGGUGUCCGGUGCAUCGGACGGCUCUUUGGCUCUGUGGGACUUCCCCUCCAAACAGCUGCUCAGGAGCGGAGCAGUGAGUGACACGACGAUGGUGGCCUGCUGCUUCAGCCCCUGCAGUCAGCUGUUCAUGACGGGCUCCACCUACGGGGACCUGCGUCUGUGGGACCUGGACAUGAACCAGCUCCACGCAGAGAAAAACGCCCACGACCUGGGGGUCACCUGCUGCACCUUCGCUCCCAGCAUCCUCAGUGGUGGUCAGUCUGUACAGUUUUGUCUGGCUUCCUGUGGGCAGGACAGUCACCUGAAGAUCUGGGCUGUUAACAAGUCCGGCUGUGGAGGCUAUAAGAUGCAGCUCCUGCACACGUUGACGGGCCAAUCAGCUCCAGUCCUCUGCUGUGCGUUCUCCUCAGACGGACAGCUGCUGGUGUCUGGCUCUGUGGACAAAACUGUUGUAAUCUAUGAUGCUAGAAAUGCAAUGUUGCUGUACACACUGAACCAGCACGAGAGGCUGGUGACGGCAUGCUGCUUCUCCCCGACCUCACCGCUCAUUGCUACAGGGUCUAUGGAUAAGACUGUAAACAUCUGGAGGCUGGAGGACGGGUGCAGUGACCGAGGCGGGAAGUCGUUGCCUGAGCUGUCUGCUUUGCCAUCAAGUGAAGGGAGAACCUCAGCGGGCCGAUCCAGGCUGCUGGUCAGCGAUUGGUCGGAGGGGGAUGUGUCAGCGUGGCUGGUGGAGGAAGGCCUCGAGGGAUUGGUGGACAGAUUCAGAGCCAACAACAUUGAUGGGACAGAGCUGCUCAGUCUCACCAAGGAAACGCUGGCGUCAGAGCUGCACAUAGAGUCAUUAGGCCUGCGCAGUAAACUCCAGAGGAAGGUGGAGGAGCUGAAGAGUGAUUCCGUGUGUUCAGGCAUUCCUGAUGAGUUCCUGUGUCCCAUCACCAGAGAGCUGAUGAGGGAACCAGUCAUUGCUGCCGAUGGAUACUCGUAUGAAAGAGAGGCCAUUGAAAGCUGGAUCAACACUAAGAACCGGUCCAGCCCCAUGACCAACCUCCCCCUCCUGACCACCCUGCUCACCCCGAAUCACACCCUGAAAAUGGCUAUCGGCCGCUGGCAGACCAGCCGCUAGCAUCUGAAAGACCUCUGACCCACAGUACCCCAAAUAUCUUCCCCACAGUAGACAGGAGUCCAAGGCAUUUCAGGAACAGGUGCAUCAGAUUCAUUGUUUUUCAUUCAAGGCAUUCAAGUUUUUUGUUUGCAUUAAAUUAUAAAGCUAACUGUGAAGCAGAAUCAAAUCAACAGGUCUAAAUGUUCUUUGUGCUUAUUUAGUUUUAAUUGCCAUAAAACCUAAAGUUAGUACAGAGCAAUAUGAGAAUCACAGGGUAGCACUGCUUCUGGCCACCUGAGGAAUGCAAGGUUAAAUAAUAACAAAGCUUUAUAGAUCAUUUUAGCUGGAAACGUUGUUGUUUUAGAUCUCUCUCGUUGUUGUUUUAGAUCUCUCUCAACACUCUUAUAGUAUUGUUUUCAGCACUGAAACACUGAAGACCGAUCAGCCCCAAACUACUACGAUUUAGCUACUAGCUGCUAAACACAGUGGAAGAUUAAGCAGGAGUUGGUAGAGACCAAAUACAGAGCUGAAUAUUGGACGUACAUUCAUCUGGUGGCUACAAACACAAAUGCUAAUGUUGCUCUAUAAUCACUGUAUGUGUGAAUAAGCAAGUUCAUAUUAACUUUAAAUGUGAUCAUAUGUCAAUGCUGUGCUCAUGACGUAUUUUCUGCUGCCCCCUAGAGGCCAAAAAAUCUGCUAUUGCAGGUUUGAUUUUCACUAGCCUUUCAUCUAAGGCUAAAUCCGCCAACUCCUUCAAAAACAAUACUUGCCAAUACUUCAGUCUCUUUGCAGUAACACAUAACAUAUCGUAUGUUUUUUUAGAUUUUCAUCACAGGACCCUGGUUAUUACUAACCCUACUGGAUAAGUAUGUCAUGAUUUACUUUCCUGUGCAAAAAACAACCCAAUUGAGAUCAAUUGGGUUGUUCUAUAUUUGUAUCUAUCCAUACACACUCUGAAGCUCUGGGAGCAUUUUAUGGAUUACACUGUGAAAAAAGUAGAUGUAGAAAUGAAGUCCUCCAUUAAGAUUUUAUUAUACCACAAUGAUAAUGUGGUAACAUUCUGUAAUCCAUAGACUGACUCAGAAAAGGGUAUAUGACAACUAUGGACAUACAGCAAUGUACACAGUCUUAAUAUGUUCUAUCCUCGACUGUUUCCUUGACUGCUUGUGUAAACGCUCUCGCUCUUUGUCCAAAUAAAGCAAUAAACACUUA